UAAACGUUUUAUUUCUCCAGUAGUACCAAACAGGGCUGGAGAUUCCACAAUGAAGUACCUGAUACUGUUGACGUUAGCAACCCUGUCUCUGGCAGACGACACAACCGAACUCCCGCCCUGGGAGGGGAUGCCGGGCGGUUGGAUAGACGUGGAGGUCGGCCCGGGGGAUGAGGGGGUGCAGUACGCCCUGGGGCUCAUCCGCGAAAAACAGGACAAAGAAUGCGAGUUUGUCGAAUUUAAAAAGGCUCAAGUUCAGGUUGUCAAUGGCUACAACUACAACUAUGUGUUGGUGGUUGACUGUGAUGGCGAGGAAACGACCUGCGAGGUGGGGUUCACAACGUCAUGGGACCCCUCGGACAUGAACUACAACAGUACCAAGGACCCCGUCUGUCAGUAACCGGUCGUCAUGUCAGAUGUCAUGUCAGCAGGCUGGUGUCAGAUGUCAUGUGAGCAGGCUGGUGUCAGAUGUCAUGUCAGCAGGCUGAUGUCAGAUGUCAUUUCAACAGACUGGUGACACAACCAAUUAGUACAAAUGAAAAAAAAAUUAUAUGAUUUGAUUUUACAGAAGAAAUAAAUCGAAAUCAACGAG